AUAAAGGAACUCGGUUAGGUGAUGGUUGAGAUUAUUAAUUUCGAUCCAUAUUACUACUAUGUAUGUUCUAAGAAAAAGGAAAAAAAGAAAUCCCACGUUACUCGUGGACAUUUCUCUACCAUGAGUAUCAAAUCAAAUCAACCACUAUAAUAAUCAAGUAAACAGAGAGUAUAGUACUUGUAUGUAUAGCACACACGCGUGCAUAUUCACUAGAUUCAUUCAAUUCAUAACGAUGGAGUUAAGAAUGGCGAGAGGGGAAACAUCUUUGAGGAUCUCAGCAAUUGUGAUGUUGGUUCUAACUGCUUGUUUAGUUGCUUUUGACACUCAAACAAAGGUUAUCAUGCUGAGUAUUGAGAAGAAAGCUACCUACAAAGACAUGAAAGCUCUCAGGAUGUUGGUGUAUGUAACAUCUGCGGCUGCUGGUUAUAACGUGCUUCGGUUAUGCAAACACACCACUACUGUCUCUUGUUCAGAAAAAAUCAAUAAAGGGUCUAAUAUAUACAUGGCUUGGAUCUUGUUCUUAUUGGAUCAGAUGGCAGUGUAUGUGACAUUCGGUACAAACUGUGCAACACUAGAAGGUUCGAUGCUAGCAUUAACAGGAUCAGAGGCGUUACAGUGGCUCAAGGUAUGUAACAGGUUCACAAGAUUCUGCGACCAAAUAGGAGCGGCUGUGUUGUGUGGCUACGCUGCGUCGAUUCUGAUGGCUCUGAUAUCAACCGUCUCUGCCUACAAAGUCAUGAGGAUGUACUCACCGCAACGGUUUCUCAGCUUGAAGAUCAGAUGACUAUUUUCGUCAUUUACUCUGCCAUUAUUAUGUUAUUAACUUAUUAUUACUCUUUGUUUCGUGUCAUGUUCAUAAAUAAUUAACACCGCCAAAUGCAAAUUGUUGCAAUGUCAGUGGGGUUUUGCUUCUGUUCUGCCCCCUUCUAGAGUGUUGAACAACUCUUUAUUAAGUGAAAUUAUAAUUAUACGAAAAUUAUUAAA